AUUUUUUUUUUGCAUUUAAUUUAAUUUAUUAAUAUAAUAAUUAAUAAUUAACGAUAGAAUAAAGUAUUGAUAAAUUUAUUUAUACUUCAUAGAACUUUUUUUAAAUUGUAAGAAAAAAUACGUGUGUGAAUGCAACUGACAAGUGGGGAUUUUUGAAAUUUUUUAAUAAAAUUUAAAAAUGCGAAUUUAAAUCAAUGACAAAUCAGUACGCGCAAUUUUGAAAUUUCAUUUUAUUAAUUUAUUUAUUUAAAAUUUAUAAAUUGUCUACUACAUUCACACUCAUACAUUCAUCAUCGUAAAAAUAGUUGGUAGCAUUGAUCUAAAAUUCUAUUUUUUUAACCUUUAAUUUAAAAAAAAAUAAAUGACAUUUAUUUAACACAAGUAAAUAAAUAAAUCUCUGGAGUCGUACAAUUAAUAAUUUAAAAAAAAAUAUUGGAAUUAAUAAUUUAAAAUAAAAACACAAUAUAUCAAUGCGUUAUAAAGAACAAGAUGAGACAGUCAUGUCUGAUAAUGACAAUAUUGAUGUAAAUGAAGUUUUUGAAAAUUUACUGUUGGCUGAAGACAUUGCCGAGAAAACUGGAUUUGAAAAAGGCGUUGAAGCCGGCAAAAGUCAACUGUUGAAAGGAUAUCAUCUUGGUUAUCACAGAGCUAGUGUUUUAGCUGCACAGUUGGGAUACUACAGUGGAAUAGUCGAGUACUGUUUGAAUGAAAAAAGUUUAUCAUCUAAAGCUAUCGAACAGGCUAAGAAAUUAAAAGAUGAAAUUAAACAGUUUCCUAAAACUAAUGAUGAAACUUUUGAUAUUAUAAAGCAUUCAGAGGAUAUUAAAUUUAAAUUUACUAAGCUCUGUUCAUUAGCAAAAAUAAACGCAGCUUAUCCAGAAGCUGAAAAACUUGAUUUUUAAUUGACAAGAAAAAUUUUUUAAUGAUUCUGAGGUCCAGACAAUUAACAAUUUUCGAAUUUGUUUUUCAACAAAUCAUUUACAAGAAAAAAAAAAUAAAAAUAUGCACAAGUAGAAAUUACAAAAACUAUAAGUGCAAUU